AUGAAGACGGAAGAGGUCAUUGCGGAGGGGCGGAAGGCAAUGCGCGACGUGGAUGUGCGGCUAGCACGCGCGGAGCGGGUUGUGGAGGACACGGUGCAGAUCGGCGUGCAGACGGCCGCAACGCUCCACGAGCAAUCGAAGCAGAUGGACAAGAUCGUCGACGACUUGGAUGAGAUUGAGUUCACGAUGAAAGCUGCUGGGCGCGUGGUGAGGGACAUAACUCGAGGGAUCAUGACCGACAGGUGCAUUCGUUGCCUGCUGUUUCUCAUCCUUGUGGCCAUAAUCGUGGUGGUCGUCCUCAAGGUCACAGACGACGACGAUGACAGCUUUCCCAAACCGAAGGUCUUCGGGGGGGAUGGCAGAGCCGGCAGCACCCAGGGCGAUUCGGGGAGGCGAAGAUUGCUAUUUCCUACCUAG